GUAUGUAUAGCUUAUCUGAAAUGUAAAUGGAGUAACGACAAUACCUUAUAUUCUCAUAUGUGGAAUUUGUAUUCGCAAACAUUACAAUGAAUAAUACCAUUGUUAAUAUUGAAGUGUUUCAAAUGGAAUGUCGUCGCUUUGUUUUUUCGUGACAAUGUGGAAUAUCAUUUGAUUAUAAUUUAGAACCGAAUACAAUUGUAAAGGAGAACAUGUAAAUAUGGUUUACGUGAACCUAUGCGCCACAGCAUGUAAACAAUAGAUAAUAACGGCACCACUAUAGAACUGAAUAACCAUCUAAAGUGCUUAAGAUAGUAUUCUUGAAAAAUAAUUUACCAUUAUUACAUGUUGGUCAAUUGCAAAAAAUACUUUUAUUUAGCUCAAAACUGUUUUUACCCAAAUAUUAAAUCAUUAUUUAAAUGCACUGAACUACGCAAGUAAAUGUUCCUCGCAUAUUCCAAAAUGAGAUGCAACUUGUGAUACGAUUUUGAAUUAAUAUUUAUAAAGUCGAGUUAUCUUACAACUGCUUUUUCAGAUUUUUAGUAAACUGUGUUAUUCAUUGUAUAUCUUUACAUAAUAUUUUGCUUUUACAAACAGUGAUAUUUCAGUACUUUUACUCAUUUUCUUUGUGAUUUGAAAUGUGAAGGAUUUCUUAAAUGAAAUUGAAAUCAUUGUUUUUCACAUUAUUCAAAAAUUAAUAAAAUCUGUUAUGAAAUGAAAGCAAUUGAUUAAUUUGCCAAAAUUUGCAUAGAAAACCACUUUUAUUCGUGAACUUUUUUAAACGUACACAACCGCAAAGUAAUUAUAAAAAUAUCAAUUGAAAAGUAUUCCAUCGAGAUCGCAACACAAAAAAGAACAUCUUACCGAGAACCCCGGAACAUUAAAAAAAAGCAUGUAACGUCCAGAAAACACACGAACGAUAGACAAAAAAAAAGCGAAAAAAGAAGUAAAAGUUCUUGGUGCGCUCGCAUCACGACGUAUAGAAGAGAAAUGCUAUCUAUCUCUCUAUCUCGCCAGAUGGAAUUUUCACGUGGAGGCUCGCGCGUGCGUGUAUGUCUUGCGAAGAGGAGCAGUAAAAAGCACUUUCUUUCCUUUGGCCACAUACCAGCUUCGCUCCCAAACUUUCUUUUUCUCGUAUUUUUAUUUCGCAACUCGCGCGCGCGCGCGUUCCAGAUAAUCUCAUUGUGUCUGCGAGUGCUUUCAGGCUCAUAGAAACAUCGGCAACUUCGAGAGCAGAGAGAGUUUGCUUUGACACGUGAACCCUGUUGGAUUGUAAUUAGAUGUUGGGACCCUUUCCGAAUUCACCAAAGCAAAUGUCUGGCUUUAUUUUCUGAAAACACUGCGUUGCACGAGCAGUCUGUGAGUUUCCAGCUCAAUGGAGAGGCAGCUGGUUUCAAUCGGGCGAGAACCUGAUCACGAUCAAUGGCUCGCGCUUUUCGAACAAAGGCCAAUGCAUUGCCGUCGAAGGAGACAUGUAUCACAUUUAUGACCAAAAUGAAAAGUGUUCUCGAUGUAUGGCCAUGCAUGAAAAACAUCCGAAUGUGAUUCAAUACAAAGAGACGUACUGUAUGGUAGGCGACUUCCCAGAAAUGUGCUACCACUUAGCGGGUGACGCAACGCUUUAUUCACUCUUUCGCUCGAACGCUGCAUCAUCGUCGUGUCCAUUCACGGGACCUCUAGAGUUCACUUAUACUCGAGGUGGAGAUCCUAAGUCUUGUCAGAUACCUCCAUCGCAAGCUGAUGCUUGCACUCAAGAUUCGAGGUUACUUCUAAGGUACAUGGCUUGUGCGGACGUUCGUGGCACUGAAAGUCAUAAUGUAGAAAUGGAGUGCCUAGCGACGUGGAAAGAAGGUAGCACACAGUACUUGGUCGCUCGACUAAACGGCACAGCAACGCUGAACGAUGAGAGUAGGUAUCGUUGCUUUGUUUACGCUAAAUCCGGCAACAGCACGUGGAAUCUUGCGCAGAGUGGCGAUGCUAGCUGUAAUGGCCUAACCAGUGCUACGGAUGGAGCUAAAACUCUAAGGAUGACGCAGAAAGUGGAGUUACCACGUUGCAACUAUCCAAGUUGGUUAGUAAAGCCAUACUCGUGGGUGGCACUCGACUUGACCGCGUCGACACGUUUACUUGCGUCCCUCAACAACAUUACCAUCCUCGAACAGCACGAGACUCAGUAUGCUUGUCAUCGUGUUAUUAAAUCGAAACACAAUGUUGGACAGGAGAUGAAAAAUCAUGGUAGUCAUGGUGAUAGAUUCCAGAUUGUUGCUAGGGCGACAAGAGGCUGCACAAAUGGCUUCGUAUGCAUGGUCUUUCAUAAGAGGGACGAUCACGUGAUCGAGUUGCAACAGUCGCAAAAUUGGACUCCCCAAGAGGACGGCGAUGCGUGCAAGCCCAGCAUAUUUGACCCCUUAUCGGCGGCCUACACCACUUUCAUCACAAUGGAGCCAAUGACGAGACAAUGCCCGCACUUGGGUCGUUACGACGUGGUGUUUGUAACGAAGCCACCGAGUAACGACUACAACGACCUAUGGCCACCGCGAGCUGAGAAUGUUGCUGAGAUGAGAGCGGCUAAAGCGACAACGACGCAGUUACCAACCCGUUGUCUUCACACGAGCGUUGAAGGUCUCAGUAUUGGAUGCACUAAGCCUGACAUCAUGGAGUUCGCUACUGACUGCACGGACAAAGCACUAUUUAAAUAUUCAUGUCACGGCACAUGGGUGGAAAAUGACACGGGUUAUAUAGUGGCAAGUACAGAGGCGAAUCGCUACUGUCUUGUGUACAGCGCAUCGGCAACAACGACGUCAAAGUCACCGUUGAGUCGAGAGUUAACUAUCACCGGUCACCUGGCCUCUUGUCCAAGGGCCUCGCAUUUACACAAACACGAGUGGCAAGUCAAUCUCACGGCCUACACACAAUGUGAUGACGUUUCAUCAGCAUCGAAUUGGCGGUCGUCAGGUUCCUCACUGACAACGCACAUGGUUCUCAUAAUCGGCGGUCUAUCAAUACGCUACUUGGGAAGGUGAUACUUCUGUUACUAAACGUGAGGAGUUUUCACCCACAUCUUUUCGCGGCGAAAUACGUUUUUUCGAUGCGGCGUGGAGAUUUUUUUCUGUUAUGCUUCGCGCGCGAGUUGGAUUUUCAAUCGUGGAAUAAAGUGAAAAAAGACGCAAUGAGAUCACUUAGGGACGAUUUACUUGCGAAAGUGGCAGGUUCCUUUUUGAGGAUUUUCGCUGGAUUUUCCAAAGGAAGAUUUAGCGCACCUCGGCUGGAUUAUUAUUUUCUCUUUUUUCUUCUUGACGAGAUCGUGCGUAUAGAGACGUGAUUAUAGAAACGAAAAAAUGCAGUAAAUUCCGGCUGUGAUCACAAUCAGGAACAGCGUUUUCAGAUUAUUUAUUCGUGUUUUUCACUAUUUCUAGUCUGAUGCUUAUUGUGUAUAAUUUUAUGAGCGUUACUCAUUUAUAAUUUAUCUUCUUGUAUACGAACUUUAAUUGAUCCAAAAGUAGAAACCACAAUACCUUUUGUAUAGUCAAGUACUGUUAUUCCAUUCAAUAAUCCAAAAAUAUUCAAUCAAAAUUCCACUAGCAGCUUGAAACUAAUUGUUAUCGAUAUAGUUUACCGGUUAGUACAGAUAAGAUUUUAUUCAGCAUAUUACCAAAAAAAUUUAUUGGAAUAAUUGAUACGUUAUUAGUCAUAUAAAGAAUAGAGAAUACGAAAACUAUGAGAUAUUCAACCAAACGAAAAGAAGCAAAAGCAAGCGCGUUCGCGUCGAUUUGUAAGAAAAUAAAAUCUUUGUGAGCGGUACUCAGAUUAGCUGUCAAACGGAUGGUGCAAAUGUUGCUCUUGUUUGGCGCACAUAUCAGGUAUAACAUCAACGAAAUCAAGAAUACAAAUAUUAUAUUGUAAAUCGAAAAGAGAUAAGAAUAUUAUAAGCAAAAAAAGGCCAUUGACUAGAUAAUAUCCUCGGUGCGAACGUGCCUUAAAUUCCAUAGGAACAACCAAUUAGGGUAAUGGGGCCAAAUGUUAUAUGGAUUUGCAAAUAUCGGUUAUAGUUCAAUGAAAAAAUAUGCAAAAUAGGUGAUAGCUAGUAUAGAUUCAUUUUUGAAAAACAAAUUUAGAAGGAUGAAAAGAAACACCGUGAUUUUAGAAUGAUAAAGCUGAUCAAGAUUGAUAAACUGCCACAUUCGCAAGUGAAAUAAAUAUACGAUAUUCCUAAAGACUUAUUGUGAAGAGAGGAACUAGAGCGAUAUGUAAAAUACUAAUUAGAUGGCAAACUGAAGUACAGUUGUUGAAAUAAUUGCUUGUAUGUAUGGACACAAAAUUGUAUAUCUCUUCGCAUAUACUUCAAUACAGACAAAUUAAUGAUUAUCAGUUGAUUUUCUUAGUUAUUGUAUGACGGUAUUUUUAAAUUGGUGAAAUGAUUGUUAAAGAUGAAAAUUGAAAAAAGCUUGAAUACAUCAUUAAAAACUAAUAAUAUUAUGAAAACAACUAUAUCUAUCUUUCAAUUAUCUUGAUAGAUAAUAAUCUUUACGGAAUAGUUUGAAUUAUUUGUUUCGUAACUUACGUUUUUCUUACUUUUAUGAAGCGUGCACUGACAUAUCGACACACACGUAACUGAAAAUGUAUAAAGUGAAGUAAAAAAAACAGUCAAAUUGUAAUAGAAAAAAAUUUUAUCUUAGAAUAGGCAAAGAUACUUACGAACAAAAAAAUAUUAAGUAUUACUAAUGAUGACUUUGUGAAGGUCAUCGUUUAUUCUUAAUUGCACUGUAGUCAAACAUAAGUAAGAGUAAGAUUCGCUUCGCACUCCAUAGCGAAAAGCAUAAAUAUUUUUGAUCUAAACUAUUUUAAUGAAACAAUGAAAGCCGGUCUUUUCUGCAGGAAACAAAGGAAGAAUCGACGACGACUAUUGUUAUGGUCAAACGUCGUAAAUAUUCGGUGUUUGGCUAUAAAACUGUACACUACUAGAUAAUGUGAAUGAAAACUAUGUAAGCUCGGAAAUCUUGACACCAAAUAUCGAACUGCCUAAUUCUAAUUUUAGUUACAACGUCAACUUCGUUUUAUUUUAAUUUAUAUAUAUUUCAUAUAUACUUUAGUAAACUAUUUGUACAUUUUCUUUCUGUAAUAAUGACAGAAAAUAGAUAUUAGAUUUUUAAAAUAUCAUGUAUAGAUACUUUAAUUAUAAAGAGAAUUGCAUGUUGAGUAAUGUUAACGGCUUUUAAUUAAAAUUUUCUACACCUGUAAAUAAAAUGUAAAUGAAUGUUUUAGAGUCAAGAUUUCGUAGAUUUAUCGAUUUAAGGCUGUACAUAAUAUUCCCGAAAAUUCUACAGUAGCAAAGAUAGUUAAUAAUUUUGCGAUAUUUUAGAGAUAAGACUAAGAAAAUACGUUACCAAGAUAUCCGGACUGUAAAAGAAAAUCUUUGUAAAAUUCUGUUAUUUAAAUAAGUGUACGAAAAUUUAAAAAAAUGUAUAGUUAUAAAAGAAUUUUGUAAAAAAUUUAGUUGGAUUCAGUGUUAUUUCUUGUUUGUGAAUUUCUAUUGGCAACAUUAAUUAACAAUCAUAAUUUUAUAACUGAAAAAUUGUUUGCAACAGCAAUAGACAUGACUGGAAGUUUUCUUAUAUGAAAAGCAAUGAACGUUAUUACCGUCUUUGACACAGCAACAAGUUAGAAAUCUUGUAAAAACUAAAUAACAGUAUAGUAUAACUAAAAUAAGCUCGUAAUAUUGCACAAAAAUGUUCUCAUCAUUCUUGUGAUGAAUAAACUAUUUCGAAAUUUACAAGGAAUCGAAUUUUCGAAGUAUCAAAUAUGUGAAAAUAAACAAUGAGUGUUAAAAUAAAAAAAUCAAGCUUUUAUGAUUUUCACACUUUUAUUUUUAUUAGUAAUAAUAGUAUCUUGUUUAGAUUAUUCAGAAAUUUUUCAAAAAUUAAUCAUCUUCUAAUAUUCCUACUAUAUCACCGACCCGAAAUAUAUUUUAUUAUUUAUCAAUUAUUUAUAUUAAAUUAAAAAAAUUUCUAUUUAAUAGGUUUGUAUUAUUUUUUUAUGACUAAUAUUAAGGGAAUGGUUCAAAAACGCAGCACAACGAUCAUUGCCAUUUUUAGUCUCACAGCUAAUAUGAUAAAUAUUAAUCCAUUUUAUAAAAAAAAAGAGUUAUCUGUAAUGGCUGGAUAACGAAAGAAAAUUAAAGUGUAUGAUAAUUUUAUUUGCAAACAGAAAAUAACAAAAAAACAGAAAGAUUUAUACUUGGAAAAAUCGAAAAUCUAUUCAUACUGA